AUGCCGACAUAUAACAAGGAGGAGCAGGAGCUUGUAGACUCUGCAGUCUAUGUCUGGGGACCUUACGAUGGCUGGUUCAAACAAGGGGUAGAACCCGUUUCUUACCAACACGCGUUAGUGAGGACUGCAGACCAGGGUCAACCGUUUCGAUAUACCGGCCAACCCGUGGACUUGCGCUUGAUCUACCAGAUUGCCACGUUCCUGGAGCAACAUGAUGUCCCAUGCUAUCUGAUCAAUGAUGGCAUGUGGCGGGUGUACGGAUGCAAGAACCGCAUCCUCUCCGUCGACCUAGUCAUUGGAGCCUGGACCACCAAGAAGGCAGUCCAGGCCUUGCGCGAGGCCGGGUUCGACGACAAGCCCCAAAGUACCAACCAUUUCAAGUCCCAGAAAGAUAGUAAAGGCAAUCAUACCUCUAUGACCUGCGGUUGCGGGAUCCGCAAGAAGGGUGGUGAUUGCCCGCCCAUGUCUUCCAUCUCCAGCCGGCCCCCGGGGAAGAGCGCCAUGGUGGGCCGGCCUCCCCUCAAUGACGAUACUUCUCUGGUCACAAUCGACCCGCGUCUCGCAGAGUACUACUCCGAUCUAAAAUUCUAUGAGAUCAAGGUGCUGCGUCCGGCGGGGCUGGUGGAGGCUCUAGUUCGCCUCUGCUACCGAGAUUUGGGCGCCACGUGGGUGCAAGAUCUCACCAACAUCUUCUACUCGGCUGCUGCUGCCGAUCAUACGGAUGGACCCAGUGAUGGGGAAGAUCACAACCUCCCCUGGGGCUUUCAGAACUCUUUUGCGAACCCGUUCUUCGCUGAAGCGCCUGCGCUCACCCUGCAAGGUCUGGAUCCCGCCUGGCUGAGUUCCGACCGCUCUUCCAGGACGUACCCGGCGAUGAAUGAGUUUGCCUGGCGCUUCAAGGAGGCCGACUUCUUCCCAGAUGGCACCGGUCCGUUCCCCGAGGUUCAUUACGAGUCCUGGAAUAAACUCCGACGCGACUUUCCGGGGGUGUCGGCGGAAUCAAAGAUUGAUUCCGCCGACACCCGCUGCAACUUUCUCGAAGCAUGGAUCAGUGUGAAGUACAACACAGAAUACAGAUGGCGGGGUGACCCGUGGUCACGAUAUUACCGGUCACCGUGA